GCUCGUGCGAGUGCUGAUCUACCUGUACGUGCUGAUCCUGAUGUCGAUCCUCCCGUUCGUGCGGAUCCUGAUGUCGAUCCUCAGGUACGUGCUGAUCUUUCUCUACGUGCUGAUCAUGUGCGUGUUGCUGAAGCUGAUUUACCUGUACGUUCAGAUCUUGAUAUCGAUUUUCCCGUUCGUGCGGAUCCUGAUGUCGAUCCUUAUGUUCGUGCGGAUCUUCUUGUACGGGCUGAUCCUUUACGUGCUGAUCUUUCUGUACGUGCAGGCCUUCCUGUACAUGCAGGUCCUGUUCGUGCUGAUCUUCAACUUGCUGAUCACGUACAUGCUGAUAUCCCUGUACGUGCUGAUCCCGUACUUGCUGGUCCUCAUGUGCGUGAUGAUAUUCCUGUACCUGCCGUACGUGCGGUUCCUGUACGUGCUGAUCUCCCUGUCAGUGCAGAUCGUGUUCGUACUGAUCCUCAUGCACGUGUUGAUCCUGCUGCCGAUCCUCCCGUUUGUGCUUCGCCUGAGCACGGCCAGUUUCAGUAUUUGCAUGGUCUGA